GUCCAGGGCUCGAGCCUCCGCUCUCUCUACAAGCGCGCUGCCGGCCGGGUGACCUUCACCACGGACCCCGUGAGGGACCUGCUCAUCUGGGCUGUGGUCCAGAACCGCAGGGAGCUGGCAGAGAUCAUCUGGGCCCAGAGCCAGGACUGCAUGGCAGCCGCGCUGGCCUGCAGCAAGAUCCUGAAGGAGCUCGCCAAGGAGGAGGAAGACACUGACACCACUGAGGACAUGCUGGCCCUGGCUGAGCAGUAUGAGCAGAAGGCAAUUGGUGUGUUCACAGACUGCUACCGCAAGGAUGAAGAGAGAGCCCAGAAGCUUCUCACCCGUGUCUCUGAGGCCUGGGGGAAGACAACCUGUCUGCAGUUGGCACUGGAUGCCAAGAACAUGAAUUUUGUGUCCCAUGGGGGUGUCCAGGCCUUCCUCACCAAAGUCUGGUGGGGGAAGAUGUGUGUGGACAACGGGCUUUGGAGGGUGAUCGUGUGCAUGCUGUUCUUCCCACUCCUCUACACCAGCCUCAUUGCCUUCAGGGAGAAGAGGCUGCAGCCCAUGGGCUGCCUGACACGCCUCCGAGCCUUCUUCACAGCACCUGUGGUCAUCUUCCACAUGAACAUCCUCUCUUACUUCACCUUCCUCUUGCUCUUUGCCUACGUCCUGAUGGUUGACUUCCAGCCGUCGCCGUCCUGGAGGGAGUAUCUCAUCUACUUCUGGCUCUUCUCCCUGGUGUGCGAGGAGAUCCGGCAGCUGCUGCACGAUCCAGAUGGCUUUGGGGUUGUGAAGAUGGCUUCCCUGUACCUGAAAGACUUCUGGAACAAGUUGGAUAUCUGUGCCAUCCUAGUCUUCAUCACAGGGCUGACCUGCAGGCUGAUACCAUCAACCUUCUAUCCCGGGCGCAUCAUAUUGUCACUGGCUUUCAUCAUUUUCUGCCUGCGUCUGAUGCACAUUUUCACAGUCAGUAGGACCCUGGGGCCCAAGAUCAUCAUUGUGAAGCGCAUGAUGAAGGAUGUCUUCUUCUUCCUCUUUCUGCUGGCAGUGUGGGUGGUGUCCUUUGGGGUUGCCAAGCAGGCCAUCCUGAUCCACAACGAGGAACGUGUGGACUGGCUUUUCCGUGGGGUUGUCUACCACUCCUACCUGACCCUCUUUGGGCAGAUUCCCUCCUACAUUGAUGGGGUGAACUUCAACAUUGACCAGUGCAGCCCCAAUGGGACCGACCCCUACAAGCCCAAGUGCCCAAGGACAAAUGAGGAAAACAAGAAACCCAUCUUCCCAGAGUGGCUGACAGUCAUCUUACUGUGCCUGUACCUGCUUUUCACCAACAUUCUUCUCCUCAACCUCCUCAUCGCCAUGUUUAACUACACCUUCCAGCAGGUGCAGGAGCACACGGACCAGAUCUGGAAGUUCCAGAGGCACGACCUGAUCGAGGAGUACCACGGGCGCCCGCCCGCCCCGCCGCCCCUCAUCCUGCUCAACCACCUGCAGAGCCUGCUGCGGAGAGGGGUGCUGCGGCGGCCAGCCAGGCACCACGGGCAGCUCAAGGAGAAGCUGGAGAAGAACGAGGAAGCUGCCCUCCUCUCCUGGGAGAUGUACCUGAAGGAGAACUACCUGCAGCACCAGCAGUGCCAGGAGAAGCAGAACACGGAGAAGAAGAUCCGAGACAUCGCCCAGAGGGUUGAUGUGCUGGCAGAGCUGCUGGACUUGGACUGGAUGAAGAGGACAGGGCUGGUGGAGCAGAGACUAGUCUCUCUGGAAGACCAGGUGAACCAGAGUGCCCAGGCCCUGAGGUGGAUAAUGCAGGCGCUGCAGGACAACGGCUUCGGCUCGGGCGAGGACAUGCCACCCUUAGGCUCCAGCAAAGCCUCAGAGAUGAAAGUGGUUGACUUGGAAGGGAAGAUGGAGGAGAGCCAGCCCUCGUACCACGUUCUUGCCCGAAACCUCCUGUACCCAGGGUCUCACACUGUCCGCUUCCCUGUGCCAGAUGAGAAGGUGCCCUGGGAG